CAGCCUGACUCUGCUUAAUGCCUGAAUCGCAAAACCGAGUGCACCCACCAUACCACCACUGCUCCCAAUGUUGUCUACAAACUUAAUAAUCUUCAUUGCUGUUGUCGUCGUCGUCGUCCGUGUGGUACGAGUAUUUUCUUGAUGAUAUUGUAUCGUACAAAGUUCGUACCUCAACUCUUUCGUUUUUAGUACAAUUUCAAUGGUCGACUGUUGCGGUUGUGUUUUCUUUUGUAAAGUAUUUCAACGAUUGUUUGUUAUUUGAAUUUAUUUUCUCCUUACCGUUGGACUAUAAACAAUCUUCGUGUGUUUCACCUUACGAAUAAUAAUAGUUGGUGUUUGUUCUAUUUUAAUGUUGCCGAUUAUUUUGAAGGAAACAUAAUUAUAACGAGAAGAUAAGGAUACAAACUUGUUCUGUUUUUAUGUUAAUUUUAAGUUUAUAUUGCAUUUGGGAUAAUUUAAUCGAAACAAUUUAUUAAAUUGACACUAAAAAUAAUCAGUUCAUUCAAAAGGUAACCCUAUUAAUAGCCUUGCAGAGCCACACAGCAAAUAAUUUGCCAACGUAGUAUUUAAACUGGGCAAAGAGAAAGAGAGAAAUCAUCGUAGAUUCUUCUUUGAUGCCAUCUUACAACCUAAAUGUGUUUUGUUCUUCUUCUUUGCGGUUAGAGAAAAAUAUUCUAAUAUUGUGAAUUGCUUGUUAUUCGAGUGUGUGUGAAAAUUCUAUUGUAUUCGUGUGGUACUAUUCGACCAUUGCCUCAAGUGUUGUUUCUUUUUUUUUUGUUGAUAAAAAAAAAUAAAACUAAAAAGGGGGAACUGCUAAAAUAACAAAAAAAAAAUAUAAAAAUAAUAAGAAAAACAACAACAUACAUUCCAAUUAAAGGGAUACUUUGUGGGUUUCAUCAUCUUUUCUGUCUUCUUCGUCUUUGACUUUGGAUUAUUAAACAAAAAUUACAUAUCUUGGAUAACGUUUACUCAAUAAGAUUGAAAAAGAAAUAUAACAAGGACGUUGCCUAGGAAAGUUUAAUUUAAUUAACACAGCACUUAUUAAUAAACUUAUGUAACUGCACAAAUGGCUCUACGACUGCGUCGUGAUGUACAAAAGGCAUCAUAUUAUGUUUGGUUUUUGGGUGCUGAUGAAGCCAAAGGCUUACGAGGUCCAAGAGUUAUAAAUUCCGUUCUCCCAUACCUAAUCGAUAGAUCACGUGAUCAAGAACCAUUAAAGGUCACAUUACAGGUGUCACAUAAGGGAAUCAAAAUUUUACAGGGUUCAUCAAAACACUUCAUUCCGCAUAGUGCCAUAACCAGUUCCGUACAAUCUGAAGACAUUGUUGCAUGUGUCCUAUUACUUUAUAAUCCGGCAACAAAAUGUCCCCUACAUGUGCAUGCUUACAGAUGUGAUUCAGAAACAACAGCCGAAGCAUUACAUCAGCAAUUGCAGAUCCUAAUAAAUCGGCCUGAGAAUCAAAAACGUUUCGAGGAAUUGGAAUCCAGACUUGGUAUCGUUCCUAUCUCCAAUGGUGGUUCACAUAAAUCGUCACAACAAUUUGACCAGCAGCAGAAACAUGGCCAACGAAGACAUGAAGCUUCUCCGAAACGAUUUAGUUCAUCACUUGGUAGUGAUACGGGCAAUAGUACUCGAGAAUCAGAAGGUAGCGAGGAUCGCAACGGUUCUCCAAUGUCACGUUCUCCACCGAUAAUCAAACAGAAAGGAGACCUUUUCGAUUCGUUGGCAGCCGAAUUACGUGCAAAAUUAAAUGGCAACGGUCCACCAUUGUUGCUGCCACCAAGAGAUUACGAUACCGUUCACAGAUCAAAGGGUAAUCUAGCUGCAAUAGAGUUGCGUCGUUGUAGAAAUUCAUUGAUUGUGGGUGCAUCUACGCCAGCGGGUGCGAAGCAGCAAAUGUCAUCGCGAGGAUCUUCGGGAAUCGGUUCGGAUCUGGCUCCUAGUCCAGAACGGCAAGACAUAAAUAGCUCGAGUGAAGAUGAACACUGGUCAAACGAAGCAGAUAACUCAGUCAUAGCCUUGAAGCCAUCACAAAUUCAAAUGGAACGCAAACAGCCGCUGAAUCGUAAAAGUGCAGUCCAACCGCCAGAAGAUAAUUACCUUCGUGAUCUUCCAUCGAAACCUUACAACCCAUCUUUAACUGGUGGUAGUAGUGGCGGAGGUGCAGGCAGCGGCAGUCGCGAAAAGGAACUCCGACCGAUUGCCAGGCCAACACAGUCAUGGAACAAAGAGGAUGAAAUAAAGCCAAUAAUCAUGCGACCAUCCGACUACGAUGCAAAGUUCAAUCGAGUGCUCAUGGAUAAGCACCACGAUGACGCCGCAUACAAGGAACGCAGCCAUAACUAUACACCACCAGAAGAUACCGGUUUCUGUAAAUAUAAGGAAGACCCAGCAGCAACAACAGCAGCACAAAAAUCGUCAUAUGACGCUCACGAUGGUGGAUUCCACAAUCAUAUAGACAAGAUGUUGAAGAAGAAGCUGUCACUGGAGCGGAAGCCAAGCUACAAGGUCGAAGAGGAAGAAGAUGACUACGAUUCUGAUGUUGACCACCACAUCCCAGUUCAGCCAGCUGUGUCCGUACCAAUGGGUUACCGGAAAGAAAAUCUAACUGACAAGCAAAAGUUUCAAGAGUACAAUGGCAAAAAGGUCAAAAGUUACCCAGAGCCAGAUCGUUUUGGAAGACAUCGUUACGUGGAUCCUGCUGAUCUGCCAUUUACACAACCAAAAACGGUGUCGCAUCAGUAUCCAAGCCAUUCACCAGAGCGUGAACGUGAGGUUCAACGGCCAGUCGAAAGGCAUAGGGAUCGUCAGAGACCUACCGAAUCUAGGCCCCGAGAGCGAGAGUUAUUCUCUCACAGUAACGAGCGGAAUCCGUACAGGGAACCAAGUAGCAUUCCAUACAUCGAAAGCAUGGAAAAGAUGAUGAAGUCGCAGGCUAUGCGAUACAAAUCCUUCGAAAAUGAUCCGAAAGCAGAGUACCAGCCAGAGAUGGAAAAACAUCUUAGAAUUAGUCCCCGUAAGUCACUGCCAAGGAGCGAAAAGUCAUCACACGUCCCCGAAGAACUUGAUGUUGAAAAGGAAUUCUCCUACAGUCGAAAGACACAGUCACGGGAUCCCAGAGAAUUUGUCAACUCAAAUGUCACACCCAAGGACAGAUUCAAGGAUGCCAAGGAGAAAUUUAGAGCAAUGGAACGAACAAGAUACAUCAGUGAAGAAAAAGAAGCACAAGUCCACGCCCCAUCGCGUAUUGCACCAACUUCCAGGAAUCUCCAACGGCGAUCAUCGAUCGAGCAUGCCGACAGUGGAAUCCGAUAUGAUGACUGGAGCGACGAAGAAGAAUGCCCCGCUCCACAUCCGAGGUCGAGCAGCCGUGAGCAAUGGGAACCAGCACGAGAUGCGAAUGACCUUCCCCGAGAAUACCAUGAAAUGAGGAGUCGCGAUAUUCCCGACUCACGCACCGAUCAUCGGGAGUAUCAUCAUCACCGCGAAGUCCGGGAACACAUCAGAGAUCCACAGCCACAGCGUGAAUAUCGUGAAAGACCGAAUGAAAAGCGAUCCGAUGGAUACGGUCCUGGUGCCCCUUUGCCGAUAUCGAAUUCGAAGAGCCUCUCCAACUUAACCAAGGGCUACCGACACAGCUAUGCAGAACCAGCAUUUGCUAGAUCAGGCGGCCGAGUUGGACUUGCUGCUGUUAAUCCGUAUUGAAAAUAUUCUAGAACGUAAUGUUAAACUAACGUUUUGCAGUAAUAAUUUCAAUAUCGUUCGAAUAAUCUUGUUUAAAAAGAAGAAUACCAGUUGUUGGUUUUUCUCUUUAGAUUUUUGUUUCAAAUAAAAUCCACAUGUGCCUUAGAUAAAUUGACAUAACAUGAAUAACAGUAUAAAUAAUAAAAUUUUAAAAUUGUGUUUUUAUAUAAAUAAAAUAAUCAAAAGUUGUAUAACAAAACAAAAAUGUUAUAUGGUAUAAUUUUCUUAGCGAUAAAUAUAAAACUAAAACGUUGUUGGUUUCAUAUGAUAAUUUUUGAUUAAUAAAGAAAAAUGUAUCCAAUUA